UUUUGAGCGAAAACGAUGGUUAGUCCCGCCCACUCUGCUACCAACAGCCGUUUCAAGAUGGCGACAUUGACAAAGCUGAAGCAGCGAGAUUCGAACACAUUUUUAGCAGCUGUUUUGUCCGUUUUACAGCUUACACUUGUAACAUGCUCAUUAUCAGACACUUAUGAACUUCCUGUGGUAAAAGAAUCAGAAAACAUCCAAAAUUUCACUAACAGCACCUCCCAAUCCAUAUCAAAUUAUUACAAGAAUAUUUCAGAAACCCAAAACCUGAUGAAAUCCAACAAAGUGGUUAUUGCUCAGCUAACUACCAUCACUGCAACAGUGGAUGCAACAACAGCACCACCCAAAUCAACUAGUGCGGCUGAGAUGAUUCCAGAAGAUUCCAAAUCUAUUGAGAUGAACCACAAUGUGCCAAAGUCAGCUAACCAUCCUGAACAUGAGUUACCUAUUAUCACUGACUUGGCUGGAGAAGAUCCAAGUCUUGCUCUCAAUUUUGAAUCCACCACUUCUAUCUACCACACAAAUAUUAAUGUGGACUAUGAGGAUGAAGACGAUAAUGAUGAUGAAGGUGAUGACUAUGGAACACAUACAGAGAAUAAUCAACAGGACAAAAGUGAAAAUUUCAGCCAGGAUGAUGCCAAUUAUAUCAAGGAUAUUGCUGAAGACAUGCAUGAGAGUCCUGGUAAAAUUGAUAUUCACAUGAAGGACACCACCAUCUAUGCCACUCAAGAUGAAGACUCGCAUUUCUUCUUCCACCUGGUGAUCAUUGCUUUGCUGGUGGCCAUAGUGUACAUCACCUACCACAAUAAAAAGAAGAUCAUGCUCCUGGCUCAGAGUCGGCGCUGGAGGGAAGGCCUUUGCACCCGCAGUAUAGAAUAUCAUCGGCUUGACCAGAAUGUUGAUGAGGCAAUGCCUUCAUUGAAGAUGACCAACAAAUAUGUCUUUUAAACACCCUUAUACCGUAAUGUUAGAGCUGAUUAUUAUAAUCUUUUAUGUUAAACCACGGUUUAUUAAUUAUGAAUGCAAACAGUUGAUUUUUAUUUAAUGCACAAUAUUGAUCAAGAAACCUUGUUUAUUUAGUUUUCCUUAUCCUCAGUCUAUUGGUUUAAUUAUGUUUGCUGUUUUUCACAUAUUUCAGGGACUGGCACCUGCAAAAAAUUUUUUCCACGUGGCUUUGAAAGGACUAGGUUCCUCUAUUUAAUUAGUGUACUGCAUAUAAAUUUAACAUUGAAUGUAACCAGCCCUUGAGCAACUGUUAUAUUUCAGCUGAUUAGCAUAAACACAGAGCAGCUGAAUGAAAUCCAACAGCCUCAAAUUUUAUAGUUAAUGCGAAGAUGACUCAUUUCCUGGCUAUAAUUUAUUUAUUUGUAUUUAUUGACUUGCAGAUUUUCUUUAUAGGGUUUAUAUCACAUGCUUAUUUCCAUCAAUAAUUUUAGUAAUUUGUAAUUUUCAUGAUGUAAUGUUUGUUUUAAAGAUUACAAGAAAUUUAGAUUUAUUAUGCAGUCUUAGGGCUGGACCCUUUAUUUUUUUAUGAUAUUAAAUGUCUUGUAUACUAGUACAGUUACCUAAUAUGUAAGUAUAAGGUAGCCUUUCAGUUACUGGCCAGUGAUACAUUUAACUUUCUCUUUAUUCACCUGAAAUUUGUGCAGAUGUGUACAGUAAAGAGUAGGCAGAGGUGAUGUAUCAAACGUUGUACAUAGACAUACCUUGACAGACAGGCAGCAAAUAUACUUCCACAUCUACAGUUAUCUAAGUUAAUAAGGCAUGCAAAGUAAGACCUGUAUUUUCAAUGCUCAUAUAAAGCAAAUCUCCUUGUGUGCAACAAAACAUACUUCACUAGCUUUGUUUAUUUAAAAAAAAAAGGUUCCCAUUUUACUUUAUACAAUAUACAAUAAAGACAUGAGUCUGCAGUAGCAAUAAGAUUA